CAGCGGCUUCCUUCAGGAGCACACAAAGAAAGCCAAAAACAGUCAGCCGGACUGCACAAAACGGACUGUGCUUUUUCCACGAGUGCAGGAUGUAACGCAGCGUGCCGUACAGAGCUGGAGUGCUGAGGAAACUCUUUUUUUGUGAUAGAACAUCAUGCUUUUUUAGAUGCUCAGCAGACGAGAGAUGAAUUUCUAGCCGGGUUGAGAUCAGGACGCGGCGUUUGGAUGCAGGAACAUGAGGGAGAGAGACAGCAGGGCACCAGCAGUGCCCAGGUGGGGGUUCUCCCAGCGGGACGGGGCAGCGGGACGGGUGGGGCUCCGGUGGAGGACAUGCAGGCGCUGUCAAUCACAUCUCUCUCCGCCUCGGAGCUGGAACAGCAGUAUGAGCUGAUCAGUCCUUUAGGGAAGGGCACAUAUGGCAAAGUCGAUUUGGUGGUGCAUCGGACACAGGGAACUAAACUGGCUCUGAAGUACGUGAGUAAGAACAAGACGAAGUUGCGUAGUUUUCUGCGUGAGUACAGCCUGACGGCCGCGCUGGGCUGCAGCCCGUUUAUCAUCAAAGUUCUGAACGUGCCGUUUGAGACGGAGGACAGCUAUGUGUUCGGACAGGAGUACGCACCUGCGGGAGAUCUGUUCGACAUCAUCCCACCUCAGGCCGGUUUGCCGGAGGAGAUGGUCAAGCGCUGCGUUCAGCAGCUGGGUUUGGCUCUGGACUUCAUGCACAGCAAGAGUCUCGUCCAUCGGGACGUGAAGCCAGAAAACGUUCUGCUCUUCGACCACGAGUGUCGACGCGUGAAAUUGGCAGAUUUAGGAAUGACACGGCGGGCAGGCAGCCGGAUCAAGAGGAUCAGCGGCACCAUCCCAUACACCGCCGCCGAGGUGUGCCAGGCCUCGGUAUCGGAGGGAAUCGUCGUGGCAACGACCCAGGACGACGUGUGGGCAUUCGGAGUUCUACUGUUCUGCAUGCUGACGGGAAACUUUCCGUGGGAAGCGGCGUUGCCUAGCGACGCAUUCUUUUCGGAAUUUCAGCGAUGGCAGCGGGGGGCGUUUCCUCCCGGCGUUGUUCCCUCCCAAUGGCGGCGGUUUUCAGAUGAUGCUUUGCGAAUGUUUGGCCGGCUGUUGGCGUUGGAGCCGGAGCGGCGCUGUGGGGUUAAAGAGGUGUUCUACUUCCUCAAAUACGACCUGCUGAAUCAUCACCGCCGCAGAGCUUCCUGUAGGGUGCCUAGGGGCGGUUCAGCACGAUGCUCCGCCCACAGACACACAGAGCCCUCUCCGCCUUCAGGCACUUCCUGUCUACGCCCCACCCCCCUCAAACGUAGCAUCCUGUCCGAACCGCAUUCUUCUAGGGAGGAGUCCUCCAAAAGCCCAUCGCCCAACCGCCAAGACAAGAGCAAAGUGAUGAUGACCACUCCUAUUGAGAUUUGUGUAUGAAGCCAAAACUGGAUAUCUCACUCAAAGCUGAUCAAAAAAGGUAGCAAUAUUACUUCGGAACUACUAUUGGGAAAAUGUUUGCACAGGAACGUCAGCGUAUUUCAUAAUGGAAGUUAGAAUAGUAAUAGAACUGCCAUAAAUGUAGAUCUAGCAAAACUAUUACAUGGUGACUUUGAAACCUCGCUAAUUUAGAGUAAAAGACAUAGCUUUGGUAGGUCACUUUAGC